AUGGCAGCUUUCAGGAAGGAGUCACAUGAUGAUGAAGAUGACUAUUGGUCAGGGAAGAGUAAAAAGAAAGGCAACAUGUUCGACGAUGAUGUCAGCGUGGAGCAGGCUGAACAAAUGGCCAGGACCAAAGUUUUGUUGAAAGCAAAUGAUUUUGAUGAAGAAACAGAUACUAUUAACUGGGAUGGCUCCAACGUUGCGGUAACAAACACAUCAAGUAUCACCCCAAGUGUGUCUAUCCAGCCAGCCUCUGUAACCAGUUCCUAUAGCAAAUCAUCAGAACGUCUUUCUGGCUCCUCCUCCAACAUCAGUCUGCAAGAGGUGGUGUCCAACAGUGCACCCAAAGCCCAGUCUUCCAAUGACAGAGCAAAGAUGGCAGAAGAGAUUCGCUUUCUACAGCGAUCACUUGAGAGAGCGAAAGAAUCUGGUACCACCAAGCUGUCUGUGAACGACACUGUUAGAUGUAUGAUUACAGGAGAGCCAUUCAGUUUGGAAGUAUAUCGAUCAAGGGAGGAAAAGUUAGAACUGCUUGAUCGAGCUAUUAAAACACAUGACGGGAACGCCAUUAUCACUAUAGUUCUGUUCCUGCAAAGAACCAUCAAACCUUCCAUAUUUAAUCUGGAACUACAGAAGAGACCCGUUGCUGUGAACCAAUACAUCAAUUAUCUCAAGUACCAUUAUGACUUUGAGGCUCUUGUAGAUUUACUCGGAUUUCUGGGUAGGAGUGAAGAAGCUGCAAUGUUUAAAUACAAACAAGCCAUAAACACAAGUGACCCUGGUGUUAAGAUAAAGAAUUUAAAAACCUGUCACAGAGCACACUUUUUGACAGAGCAGGGACUGUCUCACAACACAUCUAUGUUGGAGGAACAUAUCUCCCUGUUGGAGCGACAACGACCAAUAGAGGAUGCUGAUGCCAAAGAUGAGCAAGAAGGAAAGGUGCAAAUAUUCAAGACCUAUCCACGGAAGUCUUCCAUCAUCAAUAUGUCUGUGAUCACCACACUUUACUACUGUUGUUUCUACCAUGCAGGACUUUCAGAGAAUUCCCUGGCUAGCCCAGCUGCUAUAAAAAGAGAUUAUAAGUUGACAGAUAAGCAGUUUAUGUGGAUUGCCCUGAGUGCCAGAUCCAGACUGAAACAAUGGACAGGAAUAGAGGAGCUAUUUAUGACAAAGGGAUGGUUUGGAGGUACAAAGUCAAAAGCAGCAAUAGGAUUUGAUCGAGUUUGUGAAGUACUAUACAAGACCAGUGCUCCAUUAGAUAUACUUUCCAAAUACCUCAGAAUGGUUGAUAAUACAGAGAGGAGAAUCGCUCUUGCCAAAAAGAUGAAGUGCCAUGAUAUAGUUGUUGAUACAUAUGUUGCAAUGAAAGAUAGAGCUGAACUGACAGAAUAUGCAAAGAAGAUGACUCCACAUUCCAGAGAGGCUUACUAUGCACAGGAUGCAUUGAAGAGCUCAUAUCUGUCCCGGUGUGUAGUUGGUGCAUCACUUGAGGAACCAGAAGAAGAAGAUGAUGCUAGGUCAACGAGCAGUUCUUUAGCAUUGUUUAACAAGGAGGGAUGCUAUGAAAUUGUUGGAACCCUCAAGGAUAGGGAAGCUCCAAAACCAGACUUUGCCAAGGAAAUAAUUCAGUUUGAAAACAAAGACCAGCUUUAUGAACACCUUGUUGAGUGUGAUGUGUUGGUGUAUGACAUCACUGAGGACCCAGACCAGAUUGAUGAGGCAGUGUGGGCGGUGUCAGAAAUUCACUCUGACCUUGAUAAAAUUGAAAAGCCCAAGAUGUUUAUUUUGAUCUCAUCUGUGAUGACCUGGGCCAAAAGCAAACCCCUAGAUCCUGAUGAUCCAGAAAUCCCCUUUACAGAGGAUGACUACAGACGGAGGAAGCCUCAUCCGAACAACAAGGAACACAUCAGUGCUGAAAAAACUGUCAUCAAGAUGGGAAAGACGAACAAAGCCAAGCUUGUUACCUAUGUCGUGGCUUCAGGUUUGACAUAUGGAGCUGAGGAAAACAUCUUUCACUAUCUGUUCAAGUCUGCCUGGCACAACGCUCCACAACUUCUCUGUUUUGGAAAUGGACAAAAUGUCAUACCUACCAUCCACAUCAAAGACUUGGCAGGAGUUAUACAGAACAUAGCAGACAGCAGGCCAAAGGUGCGCUACCUGAUCGCCAAGGAUGAUGCACAAAAUACGCUGGAGGAGAUUGUCAAGGCUGUGAGCCAGAACUUGGGCACUGGGAAAGUGAAGAUGAUUACAAAAGAAGAAGCUUUACUUAGCAAAGAUAUUGAGCAAUCAGACUUUGAUCAGCUGCUGGUGAACUUGAGAAUGGACGCAGUCAAUGUGAAGGAGAACAUGAGGGUAAACUGGGCAGCAGAGACUGGUCUUGUGGAAAAUAUCCAACAAAUCAUCAAGGAAUACAAAGAUUCACGCAGAUUGCAGCCGUUGCGAGUGUGUGUACUUGGACCACCAGCAUCUGGAAAGUCCACAGUAGUUCAACAGCUUUGUGAAUUUUACAAACUUCAUCAUAUCAAGAUCAAAGAUGUUGUUGAUGAGGCAAUGGAUAAUUUGACUGCCACAGCUAGGAGAGCAGAUUCUGAGGAUCAGGAGGAUGAUGAUGGGAAGGCUCAAGACGCCCAGGAUCUUAUUGAUCGCAUCAAUGAAGGAAAGGACCAGACAACUGGCAGACUUGAAGACCAACAUGUCAUCCAGUUCUUCAAGGACAAGCUUCUCUCAAUGUCCUGUCAGAACCAGGGUUUCAUCCUUGAUGGGUUCCCAAAAACCAUUGAACAGGCCAAGGAUCUGUUUGCUUCUGAGGAUGAUGAAGAACCAGAGGAAGCAGCUAAGGCUGGAAGUUAUAACAAAUUGUUGAUGCCAGAGUUUGUGUUUAACCUUGAGGCAACCGACGACUUUCUGCAUAAUCGUGUUAUGAACCUACCAGAGAGUGUUGUCCACGGAACACACAACACAGAAGAGGGUCUCAUCCGACGACUAGACCAGUACAGAUCUAUCAAUAAUGAAGAUGAAACAGUCCUCAACUAUUUUGAUGAAAUUGAAUUUCAUCCAGAGAAAGUAGAUGUCAACAAAGAUGAUUCACAUAUGAUGAAAGACACUGUUGAGAAACUUAAAAAGAUCAUUGGAGCUCCUCGAAAUUAUGGUCCCACAGCAGAGGAGUUGGAGGAGAUGAAGAGAGUGGAAGAGGAAGCCCGUCUCAAACAGGAGGCAGAGGAAAGACAGGAACGAGAAAGAAGGGAAGCAGAGGAGAGUGCCCUUCGUAAACAGAGACAAGAGGAAUGGACUCAGCGAUUAAACGAGGUGAAGCGAGAAGAGUAUGAACUCCUAGAGGCUCAGUCUAUCCCUCUGAGGAACUACCUGAUGAAACAUGUGAUGCCUACCCUAACACAAGGUCUUAUUGACUGCUGCAAGACUCGACCUGAUGACCCCAUUGAUGCCCUGGCCGAGUACCUUUUCCAGAACAACCCACAGGUGGAUUAACCAUAUUUCCUGGAAAAGACUCAAAAACUUUGAAUUUACAAAUACUACCAUCAUCACCAUCAGCUGUGAAAUCUGACUAUGUUGUUUAAAAUCCAUAAGUGCCCUAUGGAGGUGAUUGCUGUUGAACUGAGCAGUUAGAAGCUCAGAGCAGAUCUUUAAUAUCAAUGUGCUUUGAUUGUACAAAAUACAGAAUUCCUGAAUACUUCAGAACAUUCCAGCUGUUCUGUUUAACUGGGAUUUUCAGCAUAUUCCAAAUGUGAUAUUUAUGUAAAAUUUAAUAUGUACAUAGAUCAAUGUAAAAUUAUCAUUAAAAUUUUAAAUUGUC